AUGCUCAAAUCCGGUCUACUCUUCGUCCUUGCAGCAGCAGCGAGUGCGCAGCUGACUUCGAAGCUUACAGAGAUUACAGACUUCGGGCCAAAUCCUCGCAAUGUCUCCAUGUAUAUUUAUGUGCCGGCCAACCUCCCUCCGAAUCCACCAAUCUUGGUGGCGCCACAUUGGUGCCAUGGGACAGCGCAGAAUGUGUUUGAAUACCGGCCGUGGGCCUCGCUGGGUGAUGAAUACGGAUUCAUCUCCAUUUACCCGAACACAUCCAACUCGGAUCAAUGCUGGGACGUUAGCAGCAAAGAGUCUCUGACCCACAACGGUGGUGGAGAUGCGUUGGGCAUCGUAUCUAUGGUUCAAUGGACGCUGGAGAAGUAUCAGGCCGACGAGGAUCGUGUGUUUGUCACUGGAACGAGCUCUGGGGCCAUGAUGACCAAUGUUUUGAUUGGCAGCUACCCCGAUGUCUUUGCAGCGGGAAGUGCGUGGGCAGGUGUCGCUUUUGGGUGCUUUGCAGGAGACGGGUACGGGGUAUGGAGCGAUGCAUGUGCAACUGGCAAGAUUAUCAAGACAGGGCAAGAGUGGGCAGAUCUUGUGAGGAGUGCAUAUCCUGGAUACGAUGGAUUCCGUCCCAAGUUGCAGGUCCUGCAUGGGUCACGCGACAAUGUGCUAUAUCCGCAAAAUCUGCAAGAAGAGAUCAAGCAAUGGACCAGUGUGUUUGGUGUCAGCGAGACGCCAACACAGAUUACCAAUGAUACGCCCAUUGCCGGAUGGACGCGGUCGAGAUACGGAGACCAGUUUGAGGCUUAUGAGGCAGCUGGGAUCGAUCAUGAUAUCCCCACCAACGACAGGACGGUCGGCGUGGUGGUUGAUUUUUUUGAUUUGACGUGUCGAGGUGAAAAGUGCUUCUCGAGGGCAUCGAAGAAGACUGUGGGAUAUUAG